GCUGGCGCGCGCGCGCCGCGGGGCGGAGAAGCGGGCCCGGCGGCCGGAGAGUAUGGAGGAGAAGUACCUGCCGGAGCUGAUGGCGGAGAAGGACUCUCUGGACCCCUCCUUCACGCACGCCCUGCGCCUAGUGAACCGAGAAAUAGAAAAGUUUCAAAAAGGAGAAGGCAAGGAUGAAGAGAAGUACAUUGAUGUGGUGAUCAAUAAGAACAUGAAGCUGGGACAGAAAGUGUUGAUCCCCGUGAAGCAGUUUCCCAAGUUCAACUUUGUGGGGAAGCUUUUGGGUCCACGUGGCAACUCUCUGAAGCGCUUACAAGAAGAAACGUUGACAAAAAUGUCCAUCCUUGGAAAAGGUUCCAUGAGAGACAAGGCAAAGGAGGAAGAGCUGAGGAAAAGUGGAGAAGCAAAGUACUUUCACCUCAAUGACGACCUGCACGUGCUCAUUGAAGUGUUCGCUCCCCCAGCAGAAGCUUAUGCCCGCAUGGGGCAUGCCUUGGAAGAGAUCAAGAAGUUCCUCAUCCCUGACUAUAAUGAUGAAAUCAGGCAAGCACAGCUCCAGGAAUUAACAUAUCUGAAUGGAGGUUCAGAAAAUGCAGAUGUCCCAGUGGUUCGAGGGAAAUCCGCCUUGCGUACAAGAGGUGUAACAACCCCAGCAAUAACCAGGGGAAGAGGAGGAGUCACAGCCAGGCCUGUUGCAGUUGGGGUACCACGUGGGACACCAACUCCCCGAGGAGUCCUUUCUACCCGAGGGCCAGUGAGCCGGGGAAGAGGACUUCUCACUCCCAGAGCACGAGGUGUCCCCCCAACUGGAUACAGACCUCCACCACCACCCCCAACACAGGAGACCUAUGGAGAGUAUGACUAUGAUGAUGGGUACGGUACUGCAUAUGAUGAACAGAGCUACGACUCCUAUGACAACAGCUACAGCACCCCAGCCCAAAGCGGAGCUGAUUACUAUGAUUACGGCCAUGGACUCGGUGAGGAGGCUUACGAUUCCUAUGGGCAAGAGGAAUGGACAAACUCAAGACAUAAGGCUCCUUCGGCGAGGACGGCGAAGGGCGUCUACAGAGACCAGCCGUAUGGCAGAUACUGAUUGUACUGGCUGAUGUUGUGACAUAGCCAAUCUCCACCGUCCUGUAUACUGUUCAAAGUAAUUUUUUCUAUGAACAAUCCCUUUUUAAAUAAAUCAAAAUGCUUAAAAUCUGAAUGGAUGGAACUUAAAACCACUUUGUUGAAGCCUCCACUUGGCAGGGAGAAGGACAUGUAAAAUUUUGUUAUUUGCAGUCUGUAUAUGAAAACUAGGUCAUGAAAAGGAAAAAAAAAUAACUUUGAUUAACUAGUGUUAAACAAAAGAAUAGGUUUACUAAAUAUGUUAAUCCAUUCUUUUAACAUAAGCCUCACCUUUCAUUUUAAAGGUUUCCAUAGAAUUUAGUUAUUUUAUCGUUCAGCCAUAUGCUAGUUUAUUUUUCUCUUGCCAACUUGCGUAAAAAGGGAGCCGAUUACAAGUGCAAACAAUGUGGGAUUCUUUUGUAAGUGACUCUUCUGUUCUGUAGUGUUAGGCAAAGUCUCCUCUUGCUUGAUACUAAAUAAACUUUUGAAAGAAAUUUCGUGUGUGUGAGCUAACGAUUUCAUGUUUUUUUCUAUUUAAAAAGGCCUUCAUAAAUAGCUGUAAACAGGGAAAGGGUUGCUCUAGCAGCGCUUGUCAUAAAAGGGUCACACUAAAUAUUGUACAGCUUAUUUUAAAAGUGGUAUAAAAUUAAAUGUGCCAUGAUAUACUCACCAUAGGUUCAGAGGCGGUCUAAAGAGUCCACACGGUAUCGAGCUGCUCAGGCGGCACGUUAAACCCAUGCAAACCAAAUCUGGUUUUAAAACUGGUUUUAAAAUAACUACUGGAUUUUUCUGAAAAGGAUGUGAUCAGUUUUCAUCUUGUCGAGCGUUUUUUCACUAGUGCAACUUUGGAUUUUUUAUGAGACUUUUGGUACCUUAAUGAACACCUCGCUCCGUGCUGGAAGCUUAAGCACAAAGCUUUUAAAGACAUUCUGACUUGACUAAUUGAGGUCGCACUCGCCAAGGCUGAGGAUGUGUAACCCUUAAACGGUCUUCAUUUUCAAAGGUAAA